CCACCUGAAUCUUCCUUGUCUUUCGUCUCUCGGGCCUCGAGCAAUAAAGAGAGAGAGGGAGAGAGUACUCUCAAAAGUUUUUUGCUGGUUUAGCAAAUCACACACAGAAAGGAAAGAGGAGAAAAUGUUGUGCAUGGUUUCUCGCAGUGGGAGAGAGCUCCAGAGAUACCACAUGGGCCGUCGCCAAGUCGUAGGAUGCAUACCUUACCGAUACAAGAGAGAUGGAGAUGGAGUGGUGGGCGAUGAACUAGAGUUCUUGGUGAUCAGUUCGCCGAAAGGUCAAGGGCUCAUGUUCCCUAAGGGAGGAUGGGAGCUUGAUGAAUCAGAGGAAGAAGCGGCUUCGAGAGAAUCCAUCGAAGAGGCCGGAGUUCUUGGCGACAUCGAGUGUAAAUUGGGAAGAUGGAGCUUCUUGAGCAAAAGAUAUGGAACGUACUAUGAAGGGCACAUGUUCCCCUUGUUUGUCAAGGAAGAACUUGAUCUGUGGCCAGAGAAAAAUCUCCGUCAGAGAAUCUGGAUGACAGCAGCUGAAGCAAGAGAAGUGUGCAGACAUUGGUGGAUGAAGGAAGCCCUGGACAUAUUGGUUGAAAGGCUUGGCUCCAUUCCCCAGAAUGAGAGAAAACCAGAAAACGAUAUCAGUCUUUCUUAAUUCUUUUUGGUUCGAUUCGAACUAAUCUUCGGGAAAACCAGAAGAUUCAUUCUUUUGUCUCACCCACGAUUCUUGAAAGUACUGAUUAAUAAAAGAAGAAUACUUUUCUUUUAAGGA